AUGCGUGCGGCGGGGCGUUCGGAGGCAUCGUCAACGCUCAUUGGCGUCUUCACUUUGCAGAGAUCACCUCGCGCCUCUCCGCGAGGACACGCUGUCUUUCUUCAAGCAAGGUGGCGGUCGUGUGGCCUGGUGGGAUACCCCAAGUAAGCAGAAUGAUGAACCAUUCACGGUUGGCACUUUCGUCCAUUUAAAUGUCUGCGUGAAUUCAGUGUCGGAAAGAGCACUCUCUUCAAUGCGAUCACACAGACAAUGGUGGGUGCGUCAUGAAGCGAGCAGAGCACACGGACACACAGACCCACCUGGGCAUGGCAUGCCUCUUGGCCAUUCGCUGCAGAUGGCGUGGGUGUUGCAAAAACAGUCUAACUGACGGCCUGACUGCCUGGCUAUGAGAAUUGAUACAGGUCCGCGGAGAAUUAUCCAUUCUGCACCAUCGAUCCCAAUGUAACCAAAGUCGCCGUGGCCGAUCCCCGCCUCGACGAGCUGGCCCGCAUCGAGCAGUCGGAGAAGACGACAUACGGACUGAUCGAAGUGCGGGACAUCGGUGGGCAGGAUAGCACAGGCAGAUGUGACUGACGCUCUCCCAUCAUCAUGUGUGCUGCGUCCGUGUAGCUGGUCUGAUCAAGGGUGCGGCAAAGGGUGCGGGGAUGGGUAAUGCGUUUCUAUCUCACAUCAGGUAGGUAGGGGGGCGACGGACCACCAAUGGCUGGGCGGAUUGCUGACACGAUGUGCUGUAUUGCUCUGUGUGUGCGCCAGGGGUGUGUCUGCCGUCCUGCAUGUGGUCCGCUGCUUUGCAGACGUCAACGUCACACACGUGGUAAGACCUCCUCCUGCAUCCACGUCUAUCCAAUGUGGCCCGCGGCGUGCAUUCUUGGUGUCACCUCUCUGUCUGUCUGCAGGAAGACCAAGGCAGUCUCUCUCCGGUACAGGAAUAUGAGAGGUCAGUCUCCUCAGUGCUCAUGCCCAAAUGCGACUCUGAUAUGAUCCGGGUUUGACCCCUCACUCAGUGUGCUGGAGGAGCUGCUGAUCGCUGACCUCGAGGUGGCCUCCAAGAGACUGCCAGCACUCCGGAGGAAGGUGGGCGAAUGAGCCGAACAGCGCUCUUUCAGAGUGCACAAAUGCCCAUUGUCCCUCUCCUUGCAUCCUUCUGGGCAGGCUCAGUCUCCCAAGGACACCGAGGCCACCCGCAGCCUGCCUGUCUUCGAGAAGGGCCUGGCGGCUCUCGAGAAGGGCGAGCCCGUCCGGUCGGUGCUGACUGACGACGACAGGGACCUGGUGCCCGACAUUCCCUUCAUCACCGCCAAACCAACACUCGUCGUUGCCAAUGUCGACGUACGUCAGCUGCACACAAGAGGAUCGUUGCACACCACAGGCCGUGCCUUGUGUAUCGUGCUGCAUUGUGGCAGGCUGAGUCGGCCAAGGACGGUAACGAGCUGAGUGGCCAGCUAGCUGACUACUGUGGUCAGCGCGGCCAGCGCUGCACUGUGGUGUCGGCCAAGCUCGAGAUGGAGGCGUGUCAGCUGAGGGAAGGUGAUUCGGACGCGUUCCAGCGUGAGUAUCUCAUGAGCUUCGGCCUGGAACGCGGGGAGCCGGCACUCAUGCGGGUGAGUUGAUGAGUGAGUGAGUGAGACGGGCAGAGACGCAAAAGGCCCUUCCUGACGCCUCUUUUGUCUGCAGAUCCUGCGUGAGUGCAUGGAUCUGAUGGACAUCCAUUACUACUACACAUCGGGCCAAGACGGUGAGUCAACAUGCAUACGGAUGCUCUUAUGUAGAUGGAGCGUGUCUGUGUGAUCGUCAGAGUCUCGGGCGUGGUUCAUCCCCAAGGGCGCCAAGGCACCCGAGGCAGCAGCGGCCAUACACACUGACUUCGAUAAGAAACUCGAGAAAGUAGAGGUCAGCUGGAUGGAUGUCCGGUGGCCAUCCACGCAUUGAUGGAUAACCUCGUCGCCUGUUCUCCUUCUCUCUCUCUCUCUCUCUCUCUCUCUGUGUGUGUGUGUGUGUGUGUGUGUGAAUCCAUCCAUGCGUAUGUGUAGUGUUGGCGGUAUGAAGAUGUAAUGAAGUAUGGCGGUCUGGCCGAGUGUCGCAAGAGAGGGCGGGUCUCGACAAAGGGGCGGGACUAUGUGGUGCAAACCGCUGACAUUUUAGAGUUCAAAACCAAACGAUAG